AAGAAAAAUAAUCUUUUUUUUUUUUUUCCUUCUCAAUAAAAAAAAAAAAAAAAACAUGUUAAAAAGAGAUUGGAUUAAAAUACGUACUUAUUCAACACAACGUAUUAAAGAAUGGGAAAAACAAACAAAGGCAACUGUCCUAACGACAUUUGAUACGAUCAGUCCUUCUCGUUAUAACCUUUUAGCCAACACAUUAGGUCAUGAUGCGCAUGAUCAGAUGCCACCAUCAGGUACUGUCAUCCCACCUUGUUGGCAUCAUGUGUACUUUCCACCCCGUACACAAGAACAUGAUCUUGCUCAUGAUGGAUAUGAGACCGAGUUUUUUCCUCCUCCUCCAUUCUCUCAACGCAUGUGGGUAGGUGCUCGUAUGACAUGGAACCCUUCCAAUCCAUUAAAAAUAGACGAUCAAGUCAAGAUGGUCACUCAACUCGAUCAUGCUCAAGUCAGAGAAGGGCGUCUGGGUGAGUCUGUGAUGGUCUGGAUCAACAAAGAUAUUGAGAAUCAAAAGGGCUGGUCUAUGCAAGAACAACGUUGCUUAGUCUAUCAUCCUCCACAAGAAGAAGCGAAUACAACCCGAGGUAUUCAAGUAAGGAAAUCACCUGGGUUUUAUAGAACAAUGACACCUAGUUCCAUCUUAUUAUUUCGGUAUUCUGCACUGACAUUCAAUUCGCAUAAAAUACACUUUGAUCAUCUGUAUGCAACCCAAGUCGAAAAGCAUCCUGCCUGUCUUGUCCAUGGUCCUCUCAGUGGUACAUUAUUGAUGCAUUUACUAGGCACACAAACAAAUAGGCCCUUAAGCACAUUUGAAUAUAAAUGCUUAAUGCCUCUGUAUGUCCAUCAACCCUUGACAUUAGCAGGCAGGCAAUCAAAAGACAAGACAUAUGAACUCUGGAUCACAAACAGUGCAGGUCAUUUAGCAGUCAAAGGUACUGCUACUGUUGCUUAAUGCUUUAUUAUUAUUAUUAUUAUUAUUAUUAUUAUUAU